AUGAGUCAAAGACAAGUUUUACAAGUUUUUGAGCAGUACCAAAGGGACCGCACCAAAUUCAUCCAGACUGUUGCAGAGCUGGCUGGCCGACCACAGCAUAUUGAGACAUUACAAAAUGCAGGUGUUAUGUCUUUGCUACGUCCUCUGCUACUCGACAUUGUACCAACCAUUCAGCACACGGCAGCCCUGGCCCUAGGUCGACUUGCAAACUAUAAUGAAGACUUAGCUGAGGCCAUUGUGAAGGGUGAUAUUCUACCACAGCUGGUUUACUCUCUUGCUGAACAAAAUAGAUUUUACAAAAAAUCAGCUGCCUUUGUACUUCGAGCUGUCUCUCGACAUUCCCCAAGCCUAGCCCAGUCAGUAGUUGACUGUGGAGCCUUGGAUGCCCUUGUCAUCUGUUUGGAGGAAUUUGAUGCAGAGGUCAAGGAGUCUGCUGCAUGGGCUAUUGGAUACAUUGCAGCCCAUAAUGGAGAACUGUCACAAGCUGUAGUGGAUGCUGGGGCCGUGCCUCUGCUCGUGAUGUGCAUUCAAGAACCAGAAGUGUCACUGAAAAGCAUUGCAGCUUCUGCACUCAGUGACAUAAGUAAACAUUCUCCAGAAUUGGCUCAAACGGUGGUCGACUCAGGCGCCAUUGCUCACCUCUCACAGAUGACCUUAAAUCCAAAUGCUAAACUCAAACGACAAGUGUUUUCAGCUUUGAGUCAAAUUGCAAAACAUUCUGUGGACCUAGCAGAAAUGGUGGUGGAAGCUGAAAUUUUUCCAUCUGUUCUUGCUUGUCUCAAAGACCAGGACAGUUAUGUACAAAAAAACAUUGCCAUACUCAUCCGAGAGAUUGCCAAACACACACCCGAGUUGUCACAGCUGAUCGUUAAUGCAGGAGGCGUGGCUGCUGUGGUGGAUUAUAUUGGAGAAACCCGUGGGAAUAUACGACUUCCAGGUGUGAUGAUGCUGGGCUAUGUUGCUGCUCAUGCAGAGAACUUAGCAAUGGCUGUCAUUGUAUCAAAGGGAGCAUCACAGUUGGCGAUUGUCUUGUGUGAAGAAGAAGAAGAUCAUAUGCAAGCAGCUGCAGCUUGGUCACUUGGUCAGAUUGGACGUCACACUCCAGAACAUGCCAAAGCCAUUGCACAAACUAAUGUACUGCCAAAACUGUUGCAAAUGUACCUGAACCCAGCAUCUUCCGAAGACCUACAAGUCAAGUGCAAGAAAGCUCUGAAGAACAUCCUACAAAAGUGUGUUCACCUUGAGGCCCUGGAGCCACUCCUCUAUGAUGCCCCACCCAACAUCCUGAAGCAUGUGAUAGGUCAGUUCAGUAAAGUGCUACCAAACGAUUCUAAGGCUAGACGUUUGUUUAUGACCAGUGGUGGACUGAAGAAAGUGCAAGAGAUCAAAGCUGAGCCUGGCUCCGUGCUUUCAGAAUACAUCAACAUCAUCAACAACUGCUACCCUGAAGAAGUCAUCAAGUACUACUCUCCGGGAUAUUCUGAAACACUUUUGGAAAAAGUAGAAAACUUUAAUGUUGUGACCACAGAUCCCUCUCUCGCUUACUCUCACUCUGAAAGUGCAGGUAACUCUCUCUCACACUCUCAAACUAUCUGCAGCACACUUGUGGUUUGA